AAUUAUUCUCUCAUAAUGAAUAAUUCAACUAAAGCAAAAAUCUCUGAUAAAAGAGAAAAACCAUAUCACUGUGAUAUCUGUGGUAAGUCAUUUUCUGACAAUAGCUCUUUAACUCAUCACAAAUUUAUUCAUACUGGGGAAAAGCCACAUCAGUGUGAUAUCUGUGGUAAAUCAUUUUCUCGAAGAUCUGAUUUACCUAAACACAAACCUACCCAUACAGGAGAGAAACCAUAUCAGUGUGAUAUCUGUGGUAAAUCAUUUUCUCGAAGUGCUGAUUUACCUAGACACAAACGUACUCAUACAGGAGAAAAGCCCCAUCAUUGUGAUAUCUGUGGUAAAUCAUUCACUAGAAAUAGUGAUUUGACUAGUCAUAUACGUAUUCAUACUGGGGAAAAACCAUAUCAGUGUGAUAUCUGUGGCAAAUCAUUUUCUGAGCCUUCUUCUUUAAAAGUGCACAAACGUAUUCAUACAGGUGAGAAGCCAUAUCAUUGCGAUAUCUGUGGUGAAUCAUUCUCUGAAAAUAGCCAUUUAACCAGACACCUACGUAUUCAUACAGGAGAGAAGCCAUAUCGUUGUAAUAUCUGUGGUAAAUCAUUUUCUCAGCCUUCUACUUUAAAAGUGCACAAACGUAUUCAUACGGGUGAGAAGCCAUAUCAGUGUGAUAUCUGUGGUAAAUCAUUUUCUUACAGUAGUGAAUUACCUAAACACAAACGUAUACACACUGGGGAAAAAGAAUAUCACUAUCACUGUGAUAUCUGUGGUAAAUCAUUCUCCAGAAGUGAUAGUUUGUCUGUUCACAGACGUAUACAUACUGCGGAAAAACCAUAUCACUGUGAUAUCUGUGGUAAGUCAUUUCCUAAAAAUAGCAAUUUAAUCAGUCACAAACGUAUUCAUACAGGUUAAAAACCAUAUCAUUGUGAUAUUUGUGGUGAGUCAUUCUCUCA